GGAGAGGCGUGCGGCGCCGCAGCAGCAGCAGCAGCGCAGCUUUGUGACGCGGACAUGUGUCCUGGUUAUGAGACGUGUUUUGUAAGGACUCAGAUUUUGUAACAGAGCGACUGUGUCUCCUCGUCUCUCCCGCACAUCAGCGUCCCUGAAGCGGAUCUUUAAAGGCAAACCCACGGUCCGCUAGUGAGCUAACGCUAGCUGACACACCAUGUUUCCAGCUAGCAGAUACUCCAGUAGAGCCCACAGGUGCAUCAGGGCAUUGAAAACAGUGCAUACGGAGCAUGCUGCCCCUCAGCUGUACACAACACUACACAGCAGAUCCUGCUCCUCGGUGUCAGCGCCCCGCAUCACAACACACUACACCAUCCACCCCAGGGAGAAGGACCAGAGAUGGGAAGGGAUGGAAAUGGAGCGGUUUGCCGACGAGGCGGAUGUGGUGAUCGUCGGUGGGGGCCCUGCCGGCCUUUCGGCAGCCAUUCGUCUGAAGCAGCUAGCCAACGAACACGAGAAGGAGCUGCGGGUGUGCCUUGUGGAGAAGGCCUCUCAGAUUGGAGCUCACACUCUGUCCGGAGCUUGCCUGGAGCCCACCGCACUCGAUGAGCUCUUUCCUGAUUGGAAGGAACGAGGCGCACCUCUGAACACGCCAGUGACUGAAGAUGUGUUCAGCAUUUUAACAGAGAAACACAGAAUCCCAGUCCCCAUAUUGCCAGGACUGCCCAUGGGGAACCAUGGCAACUACAUUGUGAGGCUGGGGAACUUUGUGCGCUGGCUGGGGGAGCAGGCUGAGGAGCUCGGAGUGGAGCUGUACCCUGGUUACGCUGCAGCUGAGGUUUUGUUUCAUGAAGAUGGAAGUGUAAAAGGAAUUGCCACUAAUGAUGUAGGCAUCGCCAAGGAUGGUUCACCAAAGGAUGUCUUUGAGCGGGGAAUGGAGCUCCAUGCUAAAGUCACGCUGUUCGGUGAGGGCUGCCAUGGCCACUUGGCCAAGCAGCUUUACAGGCAAUUCAACCUGCGUGAGAACUGCGAGCCCCAGACCUACGCCAUCGGCCUGAAGGAGGUGUGGGCGAUUGAUGAGAAGAAGUGGAGGCCAGGCAGAGUGGAGCAUUCUGUGGGUUGGCCCCUGAACAGGAACACGUACGGAGGAUCCUUCCUGUAUCACCUGAACGAAGGAGAGCCACUGGUGGCAUUGGGCUUUGUGGUCGGUCUGGACUACAGCAACCCUUACCUGAGUCCCUUCAGAGAGUUCCAGCGCUGGAAACACCAUCCGUUCGUAGCACCAACUCUGGAGGGAGGCACCAGAAUCGGAUACGGAGCCAGAGCCCUGAACGAGGGAGGGUUACAGUCUAUCCCAGAGCUGACGUUCCCUGGAGGGCUUCUUAUUGGCUGCAGCCCCGGUUUCAUGAACGUCCCAAAGAUCAAAGGCACCCACACAGCGAUGAAGAGCGGCAUGCUGGCUGCCGAGGCCAUUUUCCCCAAACUCACAGCCGAGAGCCUGGAUUCAGAGAGCGCAGGUCUCCAUGUGCCGGAGUACGCUGAGGCAUUAAAGAGCUCAUGGGUGUGGAAAGAGCUGCGCGCGGUGAGAAACAUCAGGCCGUCGUUCCACAAUUACUUCGGCCUGUACGGUGGAAUGGCCUACACCGGUAUUUUCUACUGGAUCUUCAGAGGAAAAGAGCCGUGGACACUCAAACACUGUGGCCUUGAUGCAGACCAGCUGAAACCGGCGAAAGAUUGCACACCGAUUGAGUAUCCCAAGCCCGACGGCAAGAUAAGCUUCGACCUGCUCUCCUCUGUGGCCCUAAGUGGCACCAAUCAUGAGGGGGACCAGCCCCCCCAUCUGACCCUGAAGGAUGACAGCGUUCCAGUUGCCAGGAAUCUGGCCAUAUACGACGGGCCCGAGCAGCGCUUCUGCCCCGCAGGUGUGUACGAGUACGUUCCCGUGGAAACAGGAGACGGGAUGAGGUUGCAGAUUAACGCUCAGAACUGUGUCCACUGCAAGACCUGCGACAUCAAGGACCCGAGCCAGAACAUCAACUGGGUUGUGCCCGAAGGCGGCGGCGGACCCGCCUACAAUGGAAUGUGAACCUCAGGAGUUUUAUUUAAUGUUUUCUCUCGACUGUAAGUACGACAUAUUCAGGAUUACUGUUGGCAGCGGAUGUGCCAAAGUGUGGAAGUGGGAAA